CCAUUCCAACCAAUGCAAUGACGUUGACAUUGACAUGUACGUAUCAUAAAAUACAUUUUUGUUGGUUGGCGGUAUUAAAGUUAUUUUUAAUGAAAUAAAUAACAAUAAACUAUUGACUAUAAAAUUAAAGAAAAUGCUAUGAUUAAUAUUGAGUCAACUUAAUUGAAGUCAUCAAGAUGGAAGAAGAAAAAUUAAUUCGUAAAAAGAAGAAAGCCUUAAAUGGAAGUAAUAGGAGAGUUUUGGCAGAGGUUUGCAAUGAUCUAGCAUCGUAUUACUACAAGCACAAUCGUUAUAAUGACGCUCUCGAAGAAUAUAAACUUGAAGCUGGUAUAUGCAAGGAGUUGGGCUUGCGUUUGGAAUGGGCAACUUGUAAUAGAAUGAUUGGUGAAAUGUAUAUGCUCAUGGCGGAGUUUGACAAGGCUCUCAAGUAUGAGGAGCGUCAUUUGGUUACAGCAAAAGAGCUUAAUAAUCUGGUUGAAGAACAAAGAGCUAUGGCAACUCUUGGUAGAAUUUACUUAUUGCAAGGCCAAAGCACAACUAAUGAGGCUGAGUGCAAGACAUCCUUAAAAGCAGCUGAAAAGGCUUUCAUGAAAAGUCUUGUGCUCUGUGAGAAACUGAGUGGUAAAAUAACAAAACAUGAGUUGAUGGAUAUGAGAGCUCGCCUGCUCUUGAAUAUUGGAGUUGUACAAGAACACCUUGGCUUCCUUGACAAAGCUGUUGAUUGCAUUAGGAAGGCAAUAACUAUAUGUUCCAAUGAAGAUUUGUAUGAUAUUUUACAUAACUGUUACACUACAGAGGCAUUGUUGCACAAUAAUAAGAAAAAAGACUAUGCAAAGUCUUUGAGUUGUCUUAACAAAGCUCUAGAAGUGGCUAGCAGGCUUGAUAAUAAGAUUCUUAAAAUGUGUGAAACACUAUCAUCGAAAGCAGAGAUACUGUGCAAGAUGUCUGACUAUCAGAGUGCUAAACAAGUACUACUCAAAGCUUGGAAGAUGAAAACACCAGAUGAAGAGGAACAUGAGAACAUUGAAUCUAACUUGAAAGUUGUGGCAGCCAUGUGCUAUACUGAAGAUUUAUUGAUAUCAACCAAUCCAUCUGAUCAUGCAACUUUUAAGAAGCUGUAUGAGAAACUGGGUGAUGGUGCAUGCCAUUUGCGCAAUUAUGCUGGUGCUAUAGAAUAUUAUUUGAAAAUGUUAGAUCAUGCAGAACUUUCGGGGAAUUGUGGAAAGAUUCUUAUACCUAUUUAUGUCAGUUUAUAUCAAACCUACAAAGACAUGGGUUGUUACAAUGAAGCUUUAGAAUAUUAUGAAAAGGAGUAUGAGCUUAUCAAAGAUAUACCUAAAGAAGCGUACACCACUCUGUACAAUAUAGCUGAGGCCAGAUUCUUAGCCAAAAAGCCAUACCAUCAAGUAGAGAAGGCUUGCUUGGAUGCGAGAAAUGCAGCUAAAGAGUGGAACAAGAGCAAGUAUGAAAUAAGAAUAUUGAAGAAUUUACUGAAAUAUCAAGAGGAGUAUGGUGAGAUGGAAAAAAUGGAACAGACACAAGACGAAUUGCGGUCUUUGGGUUAUGACUCUGAUAACCUUGAAAACUCAGAAGACGAGCAAAGUUCAGCCGGGGGUGGUGAUGAAGAUACGACGCAUAUCGGGGACGAUAUCUGCCUUGACGAUCUUACAGAUGUCUCUGACACAAAUGAAGAAGACAUACCAGACAAAAAUAGAGAAACAAGGAAGCGCGGCAAAGGCUUCAGCAUCAAAAAGAACAUGAAAGGAGAGACUCAGUUGCAUGUUGCAUGCAUAUCAGGUAACAAGCUCCUUGUAGAAAGGUUACUAGCUAAAGGCCACCCAGUGAAUAUAAGGGACAAUGCUGGCUGGAUGCCUUUACACGAAGCUUGCAUCCAUGGUCACGUGGAGAUAGCUAAUAUUCUGAUCAAUAAUGGGGCUAACAUCAACGAUAGGGGAGGGUCGAAUUGUGAUGGUAUAACGCCAUUGUACGACGCUGCAAGCAAUGGUCACUUCGAUGUUGUUCAGCUUCUAUUAGAAAAAGGUGCUUUACCUUCUCUCAAAACGGAUUUUGGCGAAACGCCUCUACAUGCGUUGCAAAAAUGGCGCGCCAGUAGAAUACUAACUAAAGACGAAGAGGUCGAAUACAAUAAUAUUUGCAACAAAAUCCAUAGUUACAUAGAUAAGACAGGUGGAGUAGACCUUAACAGGUCUAAAUCUAAAACUCCUAUCAAACUUGUUAAAGAUGUCACUCCACCAAGCACUUCAAAAAUGACUCGCCGCAUAAAAGAACUAGAAUCGCCCGUGUUCAAAAAGCGAAAUAUUAUUGACGAUGAUGAUGACAGCGAAUGCGAAAUUAACGCGUCGCAAAGCUUUAGAAAUAAAACCGCUUUUCCCUCAGACGAGUCAAAUGAUUCUUCAGAUGAUUGUAAAUCAAGUAAAGUUGAGGAUAAAAUAUCUGGAGUUAAAGAAUACAAAAGUGCAAUAUCCGCCUUGAGAAACAGAAAUAUAACUGAUUAUCCCGAAUCAGAUGUUAAGAGGACCAAACCGAAAUCGGCAUUGUUGGACCCCGAAGAAGUAGACGACGAUUGGCUUGACGACGAUUUAGGUAUAAAUAAAAAUAACAAGAAAAGGAAACUAAGCGAUCCCCCAACUGUAGUCGCUAAGAAACCUUCCUAUGACAGUAUUAAAAACAACAUCGAAAACAUCAAUAAAAUUACCGAACCACUUGUAAAUAUUAAUAAUAAAAUAAAUCAGAAGCAGAACAAAACGCGUAUUAGUGAUAUCAUCGAUAUAAAUGACAAUAGUUCCGAUUCAGAACAUUUCCACAAAAACGAAAACGUUUGCCCAAAAAUCUCUGCAACCGAAUCAUUUGUAAAUAUCUCUAGGGAAUUAAACGAUUCCAGAUCCAAAGACAGUCGAGACAGUAUGCGAAGACGAUGGAAAAGGCAAAGCACGUUAUUAAAAGCUGGCUUUCAUAGGAAAAGAGAUGAAGACAUUUCGAGUAAUAGCGGUAGUGAUAAUGAAGUUUGCAGAAUAGAUUCCGUUAAUCAGAGACAAACGUCGAAAAAAUCAUUUUCACGUAACUCCUCUGGGGAUAAUUUCAAUUACAACAGUAACGAUGGUUUUAACGUAGUACGAAAUUUAAGUCCUAAUAUAAUGCAACCUGUAAAUAUCAUCCAACCUAUAAAUAUAAUGCAACCAUCUAAAAACGUCCGGUCUGUGCAGUCCCAACAGAUAUUGCAACCCGCCGCAGUCAAGGUGCAUGUGGAGGAUAAAACUUUCCUGAUAUCAUUGAACUUGAAGAAUAUAAAUAAAUUGACAAUCAGCUGGCUGGUUGAGGAAGUUAAAUCUAGAUAUUAUAAAUUGACAGGCGUGAGACCGGUGUUCAGUCUGAUGACGUCGGAUGGCGCCAUCUUGUCCGAAGACGAUCCUUUGAGCCUGGUGCUAUCGUCGCCGGAACUGAAGACUUGUAUCACCAACUGGAAGGCGUCGCCCGCGGAGGAACGAUACUUGGAGUGCUGCGAGGCUUUGGGGAUAUCAACAUCGGAGGAGAUACAACAAGCAGUUGGCAGAAGUCAUACCACGCAUCGACUAGCUCUGGGGUCAAGAACAUUAUCUUCUUCCCAAAUUAGACCUUUAUUCAGAGCAAUGACUCACCAAACUCAUAUAACAGCCGUCAUGGUAUCAGACAACAACAUAGGGGACGACGGAGUCAAAUACUUAGCCGAAUGCUUAUGCACAAUGAAACAACUCACUCAUUUAGACAUUAGCAAAAACAAUAUUACCGCAGAAGGGACAAAGUUACUUUUGAACAUCUUCGAGAAAGCCAUGAGGCCAGUAUGUCAAGUGCUAGAAGAUUUGGACAUAAGUGCUAAUCCUAUAGCCGAUGACGGUUUCAGAAAUGUAGCAAAAUUGUGUCAGUAUGUGAGAUUGAAGGUACUAAAGUUGAGUGAUUGUAGAAUAACUGAGAAUGCCUUGAGUGAUACUGUGAAAUUGAAUUUGAAUUUUGAUAGCGUAGAAUCUAUAGAUGUGAGCCAUAAUUUAGUGAAGCAAGUGUUUGUUGCUUGUUUGAUGACGUCACUGAACCCUAAUAUUUUGACGGAGUUGGAUCUGGAUGACAUUGGAGUGGAGGGAAAUGCGGUUGGGUGCAUCGCUUCCUUCAUGGACUCUGCGAAAGAAUUAAAGAUAAGAAGAUUCGGUUUGUCCAAUUGUAAAUUGGUGGACGGGCAGUUUAUGAGGAUAUUCAGGUGUAUCGGCCGAGCGAAGUACUUGCAGUCCAUAACUCUGAAACAGAACAUGCUCACAUUUAUAUCGCUGAAGAAACUUUUGCAACGGCAACCUCCCGUACCCCAGAUCAACCUCGAGGGUUGCCAGGACAUAUUCAAAUACUCCCCGGACUCUGAUUUCCAUGUUUGGCUUCCCGCUAUAAACUUUGGCAGGUGUAUACCGGAGAUAAAUGUCACACCAGUUUUCAGAACAGAUGCGGAAAGGGAAAGCUUCAAAACUUUUUCAAAAACUUGGCUGAAUUGCUUUAAUGGCAGAGGCAUGAUAGAACAUUGUGACGGUGGCGUCAUUAAAUUCACUGCGAGAUAAUGUUUAUAGUGUCUUAGCACGAAACGUGGGCUAAAGUUACACUUGGUUUAAAGCUAAUACUGUGUCUGUCUUACUUUUAGCAAACAAAGGUGAUUGAUCAAUUUAUAGACCGGUCUUAAAUUUAGUCAACCUUUUGUCUUGUUUAUACUAAGAGAAAUCUUUUUAUUUAAAUGUUAAUUUAAGAUCAGUAAUUAUUUUGAUAAAAAUACUAUUGUGAUAAGUAAGACCACAUCGAUUAUGAACUCUAAUAAAUUGUUAUUAAUGUGGAAUUUGUAUUACAAGCAGAGUACUUAUUCACUAUUAUAAUGCGGAUUGUUAAAAUGAUUUUUAAUACUUUCCAAUAUAGAAACGAAUCUAAAAUGGCAACACAAGAUAUUCUGUCCCUCUCGCAUAUUAUUCUGUAAGGGCGAGCGAAAGGAAAACAAAUAUGACGGCUCUAUUUUGGGUUCAUUUCUUUAUUAGGGCCAAUUAUCAAUUUUAUAACAAUGCCAUAGUUUAAUAUAAAUACACUCCCAUUUAUGUGUAAAGAUUUCAAGCAGUCUUAAUCUUGAAAAAAAAACUUUUGUUUCCAAGUGUUUUAAAUGUCCUUUUUUAUUUAUAAAUACACAAUUGUACAUAAUACAGGAACUUUUGUAAAAUAUUUGUUUUUUUUAAGAUUUUCAUACUAGACUUGAUGUGUUUAGUACUUUGAUUAAAACAAAAACGGAAGAUACGGCACUCGCUUUAAAUGUGGUGCAGGACCAUAAUUCGCUUUAGUCGCAAUUGGACAUUCAAACACGCUGCAUGUGCACUCAAUAUAACAAUUUUGCGUAUAUUCUGUUUUAUGAAGAUAAAACAAUGCCUUAUAGACAUAAUAAUAUAUAGACAGUUUAUACGCCAACAUUAUCGUAUUUUAAAAUGGUACAAGUCCCCGCCCCAAGCACCCUUUCACUAAAGUCUCUCAUCUCGCUCUUUAUCUCGUGUCAACUGUGUCAGCAACAGCCAAAAUAAGUAUACAGUAAAUAUUUUUACAUUAAUUUCUUUAAAACUGUCCUUACUUAUAA